GCAACCCUCUGCAUUUACACUUCGAGGCCUUGCUCCGAGAAGACCACUGGUCGACCCCCAAACCCGACUUUCUGAAGCCGCCCCAUGUCAGCUUGAAAGACUUAACCAACAAUGUUGGUUCCCCAUCGCUUGCCGCUCCGGAUGGUCUGUUGAAAGGAUUGGCUGGCUUCGGCCUUUGCGUCCGACGUUCUGCGCCCAACAAACUGGGCGCUUCGCUCACGCCGCCACCUCUGUGCCUUGAAAACCCUCCCAUUCCGCAUGUCAAUCACAUGCCCCCUCAUCCCGCCACAGCCAGCAGCAGCAGCUCUGCGUUGCCUGCCAAAAAGAAAAAAGUGGAAACUUCCUACGAUAUCAACAACAUUGUCAUUCCGAUGUCCAUGGCCUCCGCCACCCGGGUGGAAAAAUUGCAAUAUAAAGAGAUUUUAACCCCCAGCUGGAGAACAGUGGAUCCCAAAGAGUUGGUGAUGUUAGAGGAAGCGGACACAGAG